AUGUCCUACUUGUUAUUCAGAUAUUUCAUUUUGUUAUUGAUAAUUUUCAAAGUCACGUCGGCUGUAACAAUCGACAACGAAAUCAUUGGAGAUCCUGACAUUGAAUGUUUGGAUGAACAAAUCCGAAUUUUUAUCACAACUAAGAAAAUUUUUGCUGGCCGAAUAUAUGCCAAAGGCAAAGCGGAUAAUCCAGACUGCUCAAGAGAUGAUUAUGCUCCACAAAGAACGAGAAAACCGCACAUGGUUCUGAGAUUUGGUACCUGCGGCAUGAAAAGCCUUCGAUCGGUUGAUCCACGUGGAAUGUAUUAUGGUAUCACACUUGUGGUUUCUUUCCAUACCAUGUUUAUCACGAAAGUUGAUCAAGCUUUUCAUGUGAAAUGUUUCUUUGAAGAGGCAAGCAGAGGUUUGACUGUCGAAUUGGGUGUCAGUAUGAUCGCAACAACCGAGGUGGAGGCUCGGCAUUCAAUACCAGGUUGUAUUUACAGCAUUCAUUCAAGUUCUGUUGGAGAAAUCGAUUCAGGAAGGCCAGCCGGUAAACCGAUUCGUUUUGCGAGAAUAGGCGACCGAAUUCUUCACCAAUGGCACUGCGACGAUCAAAUGUUCGGAGUAUUAAUCAACAAUUGCUAUGUAACGGAUGGGUUUGGCAAAAGGGCAGACGUCGUCGAUUCGAAGGGAUGCAGUAUUGACCCGAUUUUAAUGACUAGAAUACGUUAUUCACCGGAUUUGCAACGAGCUUACGCAGAGUCACAAGUAUUUAAAUUUGCUGAUAAACCAGGUGUUUGGUUCUUUUGCCAAAUACAAAUGUGUAUGAAGAAAGCUGGAAUGUGCGAAGGUGUAACGGUAAAUGGAAAUUCUCAGAUUCGAAUAAAAAAUAACUUCAACGAUCCAAGCUUAAUUUUUGAAGUCGAUGAGCACUAUGAGCCACAGAGGAGAUCGAAAAUGCCGCGUAUACUAUCAACUGAUGCAUUCGAGAAUGGUUUAAAUUUUCAAUUCCACCCAAAUUUCCCUUUUAAUUUGAAAAUUUCUGACUCCGAUUUGACUUUGCCACCAAAUCUGAGUGAUCUCUUAGCGAAUCUUCCUGAUGAUAUCAAUGCAGAUUCUUUACAAAAAAUGUUCAGAGAUUCUGUUGAAAGUCGACGAACAUUAUUACAAAAUUUCGAUUUCCUAAUGAACGGCAUAUCGUGGAAUUCAAAUCGCAUGGCUGAUAUACCUCUCGAUGAAAAAGUACCAGUAGAACAAAAUGUAUCUCCAAUGAUAGGCGGUCAACUUAUAAUUUAUGACAUAGAUGAAGAGCCUCCAAAAAGCUCUUUGAAACGCUCUGAUAAUGGUUUGUUUUUUUUUGGUAAAAAAUGA